UCACUAAUACCCGACCUAUGACAAUGUUUUAAUUUACUGAAAUUGUUUGAGAUCGUAGUUGUCAGUACAAGAUUAAUAAUCUUCAUAUUCAGAAAGUUGUUGUGAAUUAGAGAAAAAGGCUAUGUGGCAUAAACUUAGAGAAAUCUUUGGAUACAAGGAUAGCCGAAACAGACAGGUAGAGGUUAAAGAAAAUAAAAUAGACCAAGCAAGUGAAAAUAUUCAAAUUCAAGCUACUACAGAUCAGUCUCAAAAAAGUGAAGGAAAAGUCAACUCUACAGGCAAACAGUCGGUCAGCGGUACAUCUGAUGUUUCAGUGUCACAGUCAGACAGUGUUGAUUCUUCUAGUACUUGGGAAAAAAUUAAAGAUAAGUGGACUGAUGAUUGUUUGGAGUGCAGAGUUACAGUGUCUGUGUUCACAUUUGGCCUGAUGGCACAUAUAUGCAGAACUUUAUGGUUACGCAGAAUGUUGGUUCCGCCACAUAAAAGGAAAUAUAUAGCCAUUGCCAACCUGUCAUUGUUUGGAAUGUGGCUGGCGUACAUAAAGAAGGAAUGGUAUGACGAGAAGGUUACAGAAAGUGAGCAGCAAAAGAAGACUUUCAGUUGGGACAUAUUUGAACGAUAAAGUAUAGAACACCAAAUUCAAUACUUUUCAAAGAACAACUUUCAAAGUUUGCUGUACAAGAUGCACAGACAGACAAGUGAAGCUAUUAUAGAAACUUCUGUCAAGGUGGCUGAGGAUAGGGUAGCUACAGGUGGACAAUAGCAGGCUUCUGUAACAGAAAUUUUCGCGAGAAAAUCGACCAUGCGGUUUUCUCUGAUGAAAGUGUGUCAAUAGACUGUUUGCUGUGAUAAAAUUUAAUGUUUACAUACAUGUAAUUAUUUUGUACAAGAUUUUCAGACAGAGAGGAAGUGGGCCUGGACAACCAUAGUAGUUUAACACAAGUUUAUUUCAUGAUAUAAAGCUUAUUUUGUCUGAGAAAAUACCUUUCAUGGUGUGUUGCAGCCACAGAUCAAAAUGUAAUAUGUGUUAGUCAUGCUGUUAAAAUUAUAAUGUGGAACUUGG